AUGGCUCUCAAACUCGGUCCCGGGUUUGCCCGGUUCAUUUCAAUGGUCGGUUAUCACCAUGUGCUCAUGGUCAUCAUUGCCGUGGCAAUCAUUCUUCUAUCCCUACUUCUCGCCGGAUGUUCGUCAUCAUCACCACAGAUUCCUGAUAUAUUCUUGAUUUCCUUGUACUAUGAGCAUUACAACCCUGUCUUUGAUCGCGCGCAGGUGGCUCCUGGCGUGGUCACAGCCACUGCGAACAUCGUUGGAGGUGCAGAGAUGGAGGUACGCGUGGGCUACUUCGGCAUCUGUGUCCAACCGGACCGCGGCUCCUACAUCUGCAAUUCGAAUGCCACUGCGUUGGCUGAGAUUGUCACCGUCGAUCAAGAUCCAUUGAACCUGAUCUGGGUUGCAUCGACGUUCAAGGACGCGGUAGUCUUCCCAUAUCUUCUAAUCGUUGCCGUCAUUCUUGCUUUCCUCUGCUUUGUUCUCCUUGCCACCUUCCCCGGAUGGCAUGAGGAGAUCGAUGCCUCCGGCUCGGAAGCAGAGGUCAAGCCAAUACCGUCUCGGCCUGUCUCGCAAGUCGCCCUGGCCUUAACCUUCAUUGCAUCUGUCUUCGUGCUCGUAUCCGUGCUAUGGCAGCACACAGCAUCAGUCGCAGCCACAACAAUAGCCCAGGACAUGGGCAACGGGAGCGUCAAGUCCGGGGUAGGAAGCUCCGCCAUGGUCCUUGGCUGGUUCGGAUUCGUCCUGCUAGUGAUUGUGACGAUAGGUCUAUUAGUGAUGAUUCUCAGCGCCAAGUUGAUAGCGCAGUUGACGGACGAUGCAUAA